AUGAGAAGUAUAAUUGGAGGCACUAUUGGGGAAAGUGAACUAGCAGACUGUGUGAUUUUGUUCAACGGGGUGGCGUUUGUGUAUAUGGUGCCUCUUGGGUUCUGAUAUGUUGUCAACACUCUUGUUGGGAAUAACCUCGAAGCAAUGGAUCUAAUAUUUAUAGAGAUAUAGAUACUUAUAUUGUAUUGGGAUUUAGCCUUGCUCUUAGAAUAAGUAUGGUCAUUUUCAGGUAUCAGAUUGCGAAUUUAUUUAAGCAAGACCAAGGGAUUAUCGAUAUUGUAAUUGCUGAUAUGCUUUUGGCAUCUCUGAUACCUUCGGUGACUAUACCCAAGGUACAAUCAAGACAAUGGGGAUUUAAAGCUAUGCAACAGUGAUUGCCUUGAAUAGAUUCUGAGUGAUUGCUACUCCUCUGACAGCCUCGUCCACCUUCAAAUUUCAUUGUGGUAUCUAAGGAGCCAGGAGAGUAUUGCCGAUCUGCCUUGCUUUUGUUUGAAUAUCCUAUAUUUUCUUGGUUUAUAGGACAAAUACAACUGUUUUGGCUCAAAAAGUUUCAGAAAGGAUCAUGAAAGAAGCUGAGGAAGGAAGUAGAAAUCGGUUUAACAUUUCAAAGAGUGUAG